AGGCAAUUAACCGGAAGUGCAGGGUUCGUUAACAUUAGCUUAGAAGGGAUGUCUGUUUGGGCUAAAUUGGACUUAAAUGUCUAGAUGUUUUUGAUAUUAGUCCGUCUUUAAAUUUGCGUGGGACCAAAUUCCAAAAACAGUUGCGUUAAUGUCAGCGACACGUCACUGUGACGAACGCACUGGCUACCUCCCACAACAUUAGCAAAGAAGUUAUCCUUUGUAAUCUCUAGGUACAACACGCAGGUGUGCCUAGACAAAUGAAGGAUGGAGUCCAGUGGGAGGCCCUCCACCACUCAAACACUUCUACUGGCCACCAGCUCAGCAGUCACAGCUGUGCUGUACUCCGUGUAUCGGCAGAAGGCAGCGACAGUGAAUAGACUGAAGGAAGCCAAGAAAAUUUCACUAGACCAGGAUUUGAGAAUCAUCCUUAGUGAGGCUCCAGGGAAAUGUGUGCCAUACGCUGUCAUAGAAGGGGUGGUGAGGUCUGUGAAAGAGACACUCAGCAGUCAGUUUGUUGACAACUGCUCUGGAGUCAUUGAGCGACUCACUCUUCGGGAGAAGAAGAUGGUGUGGAAUCGUACAACUCACCUUUGGAAUGAAAAUGAGAAGAUCAUCCACCAGCGCACCAACACAGUCCCCUUUAACCUGUGUUCCCACGACGACGCGGUGACUAUGACAGUGCGCGUAGUGCGGCCACUUGAGGCGUCUGAGCUCGACCUGCAGACCACCUAUGAGACCUUCCACCCCACCGUGCAAUCCCUAGGCAACGUGAUCGGCCACUUCAUCAGCGGCGAGCGGCCCAAGGGCAUCCGCGAGACCGAGGAGAUGCUGCGGUUGGGCGAGUGCGUGACCGGCGUGGGCGAGUUGGUGCUGGACAACAACGUGGUCAAGCUGCAGCCACCCAAGCAGGGCCUGCGCUACUUCCUGAGUCGGCAGGACUACGCCACGCUGCUGGGCAAGCAGGAGAGCAGGGCUCGGCUCUGGAGGCUGCUGGCGGGCCUGUUCGGGCUGGCCACCUGCACUACACUGCUCUACAUUAUGUGGCGGCAGUGGACGCUGCGGCGCAAGCGUCAGCAGGAGCGCAGCGCCCUCGAGGAGUUCAAGGAGGAGCAGCGGCAGCGCAUGCACAAGCUGCAGAUAGAUGAGGCUGAUGUGCCCGCCAGCGCCUGCAGCGUCUGUCUGAGCUCCCAACGCACCUGCGUCUUCCUGGAGUGUGGCCAUGUCUGCACCUGCGAGCCCUGUUACCUGGCCUUGCCUCUACCCAAGAAGUGCCCCAUCUGCCGGGCUUCCAUUGACAGGGUGGUUCCCCUCUACAACAGCUGAAAGAACCAAGGGAUGUGGUAACAGUAAGGAUUUAAUUUAAGAGUGUCAAGACACAUGUGUGCAUACUAAAUUGCUCUAGCAUGUUUUGUGUGCUGAGCUUUUCUGUAUAAAGCUCAAAGAAUAAGGUUGUUUAUUAAAUGUCGUUGCUGUCUUAUUUUUGCGGUAUCAGGUCUCAUAUAAAAAUGAGUGUUAGAAUUGGGUUGAAGUUGAUCUAUGUCCUUGGUAAAUGGUAAUGCUUAAAUGAAUGACUUCUAUCCUUUUUGAAAGGAACAAGCAACAAUGGACUUCAUUUAGCAGUUUCCAAAGAAGAAGAUUUUAUGUGUCUGAAAGUAGGCUACAGUCAUAGUUUUACUGAAGCAGUUGUGAAGAGUGUAACAUUUUCUUACACCUUAUGACUAUUCACUGCAUUUAAUUGAAGGUGAAAUCAUUGAUCAUCAUCUGAAUAUUUUAAGCCAGCUCUGCCUUCAUUUCCCUGAGCACAGUGAACAUUGUAUUUCUAUGACAAUUUUGUUAUCAAGAAUAAAACGUAUUUAAGUCUC